AUGGAAUUUGUUUUAUGUGAGAAAAUCGAGGCAUCUAAAGCGCAAAACGCGACUCUUCAAGGGGCCUCCUUCGGCAGGGGGGCUGUUUGCUGCGCGGCGGCAGGGCAGCAGCAGCCGCAUGCGCUGCAACAAGUGCGAGACUACACGCCCCCCUCUAAACGAACUUGGGCGAAGCAGAACGAGAAGAUACACACGCGACGCCCUCUUACUGAAUCCUUCGCCAUGCAUAAAGUCCAUCCAACGCUCGAAUGGUGGCGCGAGAAACGUUCAAAGCCAGCAACUUUUAUGGGCUUUCCGGAUCCUUUGCUGCACUCCCUUCGUGGAGGAAGCCUGUACAUCGAGCAGAUGGAUGCGGUUACCCUUGCAUGCGUUUCUUUGCGAUUGCUGUCUGCUGGCCCCGAUGUACGAGAUGAUGCCAGUGUGCUGACGCUAAAAGGAGCUCUUUUGGCGAAACUCGGCAAAUGCGAGCUUAUGGAUGUUGCUGCCGUCGUCGAGGCUCUCGCCAACCCCUUCUUCGCAUCUCCGAGGCAAGGGCUGACGGAUGCGGCUCUGAGUCAUCUGGAAUUGCUGUUGCAACAUCGAGAAGACUUCGAUUCUGAAGAGCUUGCGGCAGCGCUCUGUGCCCUUGUGAAACUCGGCGCCAACGAGCCGCAGCUCCUCUUCUCGGAGCGCCUUGUGGCGUGUGACUUGGAGAGCUUCGAACCUUUGCAGUUGGUGGCGAUCAUAGAAGCUCUCUGCAUGGCUUAUCCAGUCCUCAGCACGUGUGUGCAGAGUCAGCGGCCGGAGGAGCUCCUUCUCAAGAGCGUCAGCAGCAGCGGGGGCAGCAACCUUGCAGAAUUGACUGCGCAUCUGAAGAAGCCAUCCCCCGUUGCGUAUGCGCUGUCUGAAUCUCCACAGACGCCAUAUAACACCCCCAUCUCCUACAGGCCCCCCCCGCCACCAGAGCAGCAGCCGCUAGACAAGGCGGAGGAACUGCUUCCAGAGCAGCAGCCGCUACACAAGGCGGCGGAGUCGGCCAGCCCUUCUUCUUGUCCCCUGUUUGUCUCUUGGCUGCCUGCACUGCUGAAUGCUCUGCUGAGGAAGGCUCCUGCAGGAGUCUUUACGGCGGCAGAAGCUGCGACGGCACUCUCCGAGCUCUCUGCAGAGGCCUUAAAGAGUCACGAGGCUUCCCCCACGGCUGCCGAUGCUGCAGUGUGCCAGAAGCAGAGCAUGCAUGUAGACUCUGCAAUUGCUACGCGGCGUGCAGCGAUUGCUGCCGCAGUCACGGCGACACUGAGAGGGCCCUUGAAACGCCACACAGCCACGGAGCGGCUCUAA